AUGAUGAUGAUGUCUCUGAACAGCAAGCAGGCUUUUGCCAUGGCCCACAGCAGCUUGCCCGAACACAAGUACUCGUUGCAUUCCUCCUCUUCAUCCACCCUGACUUCCAAUGCAUCGUCCUCCUGCUCGUCCUCCCGACACAGCAACAGCAUCAUCAACAGCAACGGCGGCGGCUCGGAGGCGAUGCGGCGAGCCUGUCUCCCAACCCCACCGAGCAAUAUAUUCGGAGGCUUGGAUGAGAGUUUGUUGGCCCGGGCUGAAGCUCUAGCGGCGGUGGAUAUAGCCUCGCAGAACAAGAGCCACCACCACCCUCCACAUCACAGUCCCUUCAAGCCGGACGCAACCUACCACACCAUGAACUCGCUCCCCUGCACCUCGUCUUCUUCCUCCUCGGUGCCUAUUUCUCAUCCGUCCGCCUUGUCCGGCCACGGCCACGGCCACCACCAUCACCACCACCAUCACCACCACCACCAGCCCCACCAGGCACUGGAGGGGGACCUGCUGGACCACAUCACCCCGGGACUGGCACUAGGAUCCAUGGCUGGGCCGGAUGGCUCGGUGGUUUCCACGGCUGCGCACCCUGCCCACAUGGCGGGCAUGAACCACAUGCACCAGGCAGCCAUCAACAUGGCUCAUGUCCACGGGCUGCCAUCGCACAUGGGCAUGAGCGACGUGGACGCCGAUCCCAGGGACUUGGAAGCCUUCGCGGAGAGGUUUAAGCAGAGACGGAUCAAACUCGGGGUUACCCAGGCGGAUGUAGGGUCAGCGUUAGCCAGCCUGAAGAUUCCUGGUGUGGGCUCCCUCAGCCAAAGCACCAUUUGCCGAUUCGAGUCCCUCACGCUGUCUCACAACAACAUGAUCGCGUUGAAGCCCAUCCUGCAAGCGUGGCUAGAGGAAGCCGAGAAAUCACACAGGGAGAAACUUAAUAAACCCGAGUUGUACAACGGCGCGGAGAAAAAGAGGAAGCGCACGUCGAUAGCGGCGCCGGAGAAGAGAUCACUGGAGGCCUAUUUCGCCAUUCAGCCGCGUCCCUCCUCGGAGAAAAUCGCAGCAAUCGCGGAAAAGCUGGACCUGAAAAAGAACGUGGUGCGGGUCUGGUUUUGCAACCAGCGGCAGAAACAGAAACGAAUGAAAUACUCAGCAUGCGUCUAG